AUGAAAACAAUCCAUAUUACUCUAACUCAGGACCACAUAAAGCUUCUCAGUUUACGGCCCAGAAGAUCGUCAUGUCUUCAAAAGCUGACGUAUGAGGUGAAGGCUCAAUGGAUUGGAGUCAUUGAAUUACAAGGACUUGUAAAUUCACUCAAGACUGGCGCGCCAUUGACGAUUUUGAACUUGCGUGACGGCUCAAUCAAGGAUGAAGGGGCUCUGGCACUGUCAGAGGUACUCAAGGUUAAUACUAGUUUGACGACUUUGGACUUGGGUUACAACUCAGUUGGGGAUGUAGGGGCUCAGGCAUUGUCAGAGGCACUCAAGGCUAAUGCAACACUAGCAACUUUGGACUUGUGGGACAACUCGAUCGAAAAGGAAGGAGCUCUGGCAUUGUCAGAGGCACUCAAGGUUAAUACUAGUUUGGCGACUUUGAACUUGGGUUACAACUCAAUUGGGGAUGAAGGAGCUCUGGCAUUGUCAGAGGCACUCAAGGCUAAUGCAACACUAACAACUUUGGACUUGUGGGACAACUCGAUCGAAAAGGAAGGCGCUCAGGCAUUGUCAGAGACGCUCGAAGUCAAUGCAACUUUAACGACCUUGACCUUGGGCAACAACAGAAUUCGAAAGGAAGGAGCUCUGGCAUUGUCAGAGGCACUCAAGGUUAAUACUAAUUUGUCGACUUUGGCCUUGGAUGGCACCUCGAUUGGAAAGGAAGAAGCUCUGGCAUUGUCAGAGGCACUCAAGGCUAAUGCAACACUAACAACUUUGGACUUGUGGGACAACUCGAUCGAAAAGGAAGGCGCUCAGGCAUUGUCAGAGACGCUCGAAGUCAAUGCAACUUUAACGACCUUGACCUUGGGCAACAACAGAAUUCGAAAGGAAGGAGCUCUGGCAUUGUCAGAGGCACUCAAGGUUAAUACUAGUUUGACGACAUUGGCCUUGUGGUACAACUCAAUUGGGGAUGAAGGAGCUCUGGCAUUGUCAGAGGCGCUCAAGAUUAACACUAGUUUGACGACAUUGGACUUGGGCAACAAUGGAAUUCGAAAGGAAGGAGCUCUGGCAUUGUCAGAGGCACUCAAGAUUAAUACUAGUUUGGCGACUUUGAACUUGCGUAGCAACUCAAUUGUGGAUGAAGGAGCUCUGGCAUUGUCAGAGGCGCUCAAGAUUAACACUAGUUUGACGACAUUGGACUUGGAGCCCAACUCAAUUGGACAAUUUCAGAAGCACUCAAGGAAAACGCAGUUUUAACUCAAUAAAUAAGAGCGUCUUAAGCGUCAAAUAAGGGACACUGAUGCUGUUAGGCACACCCAGGACUGACUGACCGACUUUGGAUCUUUUUUUGGGAUACUUGAUUGGUUGAUGGUUGAAAUAGCUCUAGAAUAGUUAAAGAAAAU